AUGGAGAACUGGAGUUUCUCUCACUUAGAAGCAGUAGGUCUGGUCCGAGGGCUCCCUGUGCACAGUUCCCUGGGACCAUCGCUUGGGCUGAGCACUGCUGCUGUGUCUCCUCAGGGCCUGCUCUCGCAAGUGCUUCUCCCCAGGGGCCUGCUCUCGCAAGUGCUUCUCCCCAGGGGCCUGCUCUCGCAAGUGCUUUUCCAUGGCGGCAGGGAGUUUGCCUGGUCUGCGGCAAAGAGGCAGUCUGUCACCUCCCAGCUCUGGAAACUUCUGGGUGGCACGUACUAUUUUUCUACCUCUGGUUCUCAUCACAAAGGCAGUGACGGUGAGAGUUCCAAAGGGAAGACCCCCGAGGAAGAUGAAGACGAAAAGAGACGCCGGAAGAGAGAAUACCGGAUGCGUGAGGAGCUUUUCAGGCUCUCCAUCGUCCUCUUUAUCUUCUUCAUCCUCCUGUCCCUCGUGAACCCUCGCACGGCCAACAUCUCCUGGAGCGAGUUUGUGCACGAGAUGCUGGCCAGGGGGGAGGUGCAGCGAGUGGAGGUGAUGCCGGAGACCGACGUCGUGGAAGUCCACUUGCAUCCCGGAAGCGUCCAGUUUAGACACAGCAGGUACGCAAUGAAGGUAGCAAACAUCGACAAGUUUGAGGAGAAGCUGCGCGCCGUCGAGGACGAGCUGAACAUAGCCGUGGAGGACAGGAUCCCGGUCACCUACAGGCGCAUAGGCUUCUUCGAGAGCUCCGUGUCCACCCUGUUGGCGGCUGCCGUGCCGAUCGGCAUCCUGUGGUACUUCUUCCGCCUGGCCGGGACGGCGAGCAGGCAGGGUGGCGGGUUCAGCGCCUUCAACCAGCUGAAAAUGGCCCGUUUCACCAUAGUGGACGGCAAAUCUGGGAAAGGGAUCAGCUUCAAGGAUGUCGCCGGAAUGCAUGAGGCCAAAACGGAGGUCAGGGAGUUUGUGGAUUACCUGAAGAGCCCAGAGCACUACCUGCAGCUUGGUGCCAAAGUGCCCAAAGGCGCCCUCCUGCUCGGGCCGCCGGGCUGCGGCAAGACCCUGCUGGCCAAAGCGGUGGCUACCGAGGCACAGGUGCCAUUCCUGGCCAUCGCCGGCUCCGAGUUUGUGGAGGUGAUUGGAGGCCUCGGGGCCGCUCGUGUGAGGAGCCUCUUCAAGGAAGCCCGGGUCCGGGCCCCCUGCAUUGUCUACAUCGAUGAAAUAGAUGCCGUGGGGAAGAAGCGCUCCACCAACAUGUCUGGCUUCUCCAACAUGGAGGAAGAGCACACCUUAAACCAGCUGCUGGUGGAAAUGGACGGCAUGGGAACCACCGACCAUGUCAUAGUGUUGGCGUCCACCAACCGGGCCGACAUCUUGGACAACGCUCUCAUGAGGCCGGGGAGGCUUGACCGUCACAUAUUCAUCGACCUCCCCACGCUGCAGGAGAGGCGGGAGAUCUUCGAGCAGCACCUGAAGGGCCUGAAGCUGUCCCAGGCAGGCAACUUUUAUUCCCAGCGCCUGGCGGAGCUCACUCCAGGGUUCAGCGGCGCAGACAUCGCCAACAUCUGCAACGAGGCCGCGAUCCACGCUGCACGGGAGGGGCACAAGUCCAUCGAUACCUCCAACUUCGAGUAUGCGGUGGAGAGAGUCAUCGCAGGGACUGCCAAGAAGAGCACAAUCUUGUCGCAGGAGGAGAGGAGGGUGGUGGCCUUUCACGAGUCGGGCCACGCGCUGGUGGGCUGGCUGCUGGAGCACACGGAGGCCGUGAUGAAGGUCUCCAUAGCUCCUCGCACCAACGCAGCCCUGGGCUUUGCCCAGAUCCUGCCGAGGAACCAGCACCUCUUCACCACGGACCAGCUCUUUGAGCGCAUGUGCAUGGCCCUGGGGGGGAGAGUCUCUGAAGCCAUCUCCUUCAACAAAGUCACCACAGGGGCACAGGAUGACCUGAGGAAAGUCACCAAGAUCGCCUACUCCAUGGUGAAGCAGUAUGGGAUGGUGCCUGCUGUUGGCCCCCUCUCCUUCCCGGACCUGGAAAGUGGCCCAGGCAUCGGGCGGCGCCCGUUCAGCCACAGCCUCCAGCAAGUCAUGGACCACGAAGCAAAAAUGCUGGUGGCCCGAGCCUACAGGCACACCGAGAAGCUGCUUCUGGACAACCGGGAGAAGCUGAAGACGCUGGCUCAUGCCCUCCUGGAGAAGGAAGUCAUCAGCUAUGACGACAUUGAAGCCCUGAUAGGGCCUCCCCUGCAUGGGCCCAAGAAAAUGAUCGCUCCUCAGAGCUGGACGGAGGCUGAGAGGGACCGGCAGGACACGGGCCAGGACGAGCUGCCCCACGGCCGGCAGCAGCAGGAGGAGGAGGAGGAGGCCAGCCAGAGCCCAGUUUGAGGCCAGCUCGUGAGGCGGACUGCACCGGAGGCUCCUGCGGGGCCCGGCCUCAUCUGUGCCGGUCACCCUGCUGGAAUUCUGUGCCAGGCCACGAGUGGAGUCCAGCCUUCCUCGUUCCGAGGCUGAGCAAGAGCUGGCUGGGAAGCCUGGCCUUGUCACCAGCACCGUCUCAAAGGCUCCCUUGGGAAGGCGCCACACAUCUGACUCGGCUCCGGGGAAGAGGACUUUUGCAGUCACUCUGGGCAGAGCCGCACUCUGCCCCGCACGAGUCUUGCUGAUGGCCGACGUGCAAGAACCGCCGGUCGUCACAGCAGUGGCAGUAACAGGUCCCAAAUAUAUUCGUGUCUUUGGUGACAGA